CAAAGGGAACUCGCUUAUUUCCGGUAUUGGAGGACAACAUGGCGGCCCUGUGUAAACUGAGGUUCGGGUGCCGGUCCGCGUUCCGCUUUUCUUCAAGCGUUUCCGUCCGGACCUCCUUCAGCUCAGACAGUGAGGACGGAACCAGAGCCGGGUCCGGCUUCGCGGCAGCCUUUCAGCGGCAGACGGAGCUCCAGCGGGAGGCGGAGAACUCCGCGCCCGGUCAGAGCGGCUCCAUCUCCGGCCAGGAGCAGACCUUCGCCUCGCUCUUCCAGGCGGUUCCGGUCAGAGACAAGGUUGUGGUUGGGAACAUCUUCCAUGUGGUCCGGGAUGACCUGUACAUCGACUUCGGAGGGAAGUUUCACUGCGUCUGCCGGAGACCCGCGGCCGGAGGAGAGAGGCUGCAGCGGGGCUCCAGGGUCCGGCUGAAGGUCCUGGACCCGGAGCUCACCGCCCGGUUCCUCGGAGCCAAGACCGACACCACCCUGCUGGAGGCCCAGGCGGUGCUGCUGGGUCCGCUGGAGGAACGGGAGGCCCAGGGACGGGUGCAGAAGCAGGACUAGAACCGGGACCAAGAACAGAUCUGGUUCUGGACCGUUGAGUGAAUCUUUUCAGUCAAGUUUGUGUGAAAUGAUCAGAAUAAAUAUUUAUAAAGUA